GUGGCGCUCAACGGACUGGAGGUGAUGACAUUCCUGGUGGAGCGGAUGGAGGGCGACUUCAGGCCCUACCUCUCCUCCGUCACCCCCGCCGCCACCGACAGGCUGGGUGACAGCAAAGAUGCAGUGAGGGAGAAGGCGCAGAUGCUGCUUUCCUCCAUGAUGGAAUAUGUGGUGACCCCCAACAGCAUGUUUGAACGCCUCAUCCCGGCAUUCUCCCACAAGAAUGGCAAAGUGAGGGAGGAGGUGAUGACCUGCCUGCAGAACACCCUCAACAACCAUGGUGCGGCAUCAGUGACUGUCUCCCGCCUGGUGCCACACAUUGUGAAACUCCUGUCUGACCCGACUGCAUUAGUGAGGGACUGCGCCUUCAACACCCUGGUGGAGUGUUACAAGCACUAUGGGGACAGACUCAGAGCAGACCUCACCAAGAAACACAACGUUCCACCAUCGAAGCUCCCGGCACUGGUGACUCGAUUUGACGAGGUUCGGGAGACUGGGAUGCUGCUGCCAACGGCUACAGCAGUUUCAGGCUUCAUGGAAGGUACGUGCUUGGCUUGCGAUAGGGAGGGGGCAAAAACUGGGCAAGAGGAAGGGCAAGAGUAAGGGCAAGAGUAAGUA